UGGAAUCUCUCUACACGUCACGACGCCGAAGCAUCACGUUCGAUUGCCAUGUCGUUCUGGGAUUUGAUAUGCUGCAGGCGUACAGAAAUCCCCAAGGACAAGGCAGCCUUCCAUGACUCCAUGCAGCAGAAGACCCUCUCACUGGACGCCAAGGACGGCUUUGCGGCAACUUCUGUGGCUUCAACGGAGGCCUCCCCUAGCGGUCUUCGACCCAUCCAGCGUUUCCAGAAAUGCGUGCGAAAGUUGAAGUACAUCCGGAUGGCCACGUUGACGACCAACUGCAAUUCACAGUCUGGGUCCUUCACGGCUGCCAGCGCAGUGGGCGACUUGGAAACCAACAUGGCCAUCGAUGAAGAGUUCGAAGAGGUGAUGAAGCGCAUGGGUGCCAAGAAGCGCGGCUCAGUCAUUCGACCCGAGUAG